AUCCACUUACUGCUAUCCUUGAUCUUGGUGACAGUGUGCUGGAUAGAGAAAGGUCAAUUCUGACAUUUUACAAGGCUCCAAAAGUGAACUGGGCAAGCCCUCUACACUGCACAUUGAAAGGGGACGCUGCCGUUGGAGAUGGUGUGAACCGACAUUUUAUAAGCUUGACCAUGAAUACCCUACAGCAUGGCUUUCAAUUGAAUUAUGAUAUGACCACCAUCGCAGUUGAGGACUGUCCUGACCUUGAGCGUCGUCAAACUAUUCAGCUGUUGGAUGGUAACAAAGACCUAAGUGAGGAACAAAAAGAUGCAGUCUGGAAACUAGCAGACAUGUGGGAUCUCCCAGGGGUGACCUCUGAAAACCGCAAAUGGCUCUUCAACCGUCUUCUUCAACAUGCUGUCCUGGGAAAAACAGAUAAACAGAUUAAGCAGUUCAGACGAGGCCUGAAGGAGACCUGCGUUUGGCAGUUACUUACAGAAAGGAAGGACGUAAUUCCUCUUAUGUUCCCCCGUGAGAGAGAUGUUGAAAUCAAGCCUCAGAUGAUCCUUGACCAGAUAUUGUGGCCCCUGGAAAAGACAAACGAGGAUGAGGAGGAUGAAGACUACCCAGUUGAAACCAGGUGCCGCAUAGCUGGAUAUCUUCGCGAGUUUAUUGCAACAGCAUCUCAAUCAUCACGCAGGGGCCUUGUCCAGUUUUGGACCGGAUGGGAGGUCCCAUCCUCUGACAUGCAAUUGGAGAUAGUUCAGGGAAGUCUCCCCAAGGCGUCUACGUGUUUCAAGUCCCUCCGCCUACCAGGACACUACACUAACUUUAAAAACUUCAGUCAAGAUCUAAAUGCAUGUGUAGCAACCUGUGAUACAGGCUUUGGCUUGGUUUAACCAAUUUUUAAGGUUUGAAGACUUGAUCUAUGGCCUUGUGUUAAUUUUGCUAGUCAUCUGUUUGUUUGCUCACAGAGCUAGUUACACAGCGGUGUAUUCUCCUGCCUUACAAUGUUUCAGCUGUUGCUUUUAAUAAUAGUUGUUC